ACCACUAAUGGAUUCAACAACAGGAUCGAGAAGUUUCCCUUCUUUCGAGAACAAUUUCUCCCGGCCUCUCCUCCACGGACUGAGCUUUCCCCUUGGGAACGACGGCGCCGCCGGCUCCGUCCAUUUGCCAUGUUCUCAGCCCUCAUCCGCCGGGCCAACGCCGUCAAAAAGCGCAUCCCGAUCUUAAAUCAGCUACAACUCAACUUCAUUCUUUUACACUAUACCUACAUCAUCUCUUGGGUGCUUAUCGGCUCCAUCAUCAUCUACCCCGCAGGCAAUAUCGCCUACAUCGAUGCCCUCUUCUUAUCUGCAGGCUCCAGUACCCAAAGUGGCCUGAACACUGUCAACCUAAACGAGCUCUACCUAUACCAACAAAUUAUUCUAUGGCUUAUCACCUGCCUUUGCACCCCAAUUUUCAUCCACGGCGCCCUCGUCUUUAUCCGUCUAUAUUGGUUCGAGAAGCGCUUCCAGCAUGUGGUUCGGGAUGCGCGUGCGCUGCGCACCACCCGUUCGCGCAUGAGCACCGUCAGCCGAGGCAAGACCAACGAUGAUGUCGAUCGGGCGGAGCUUGGUGUGAGCGGCCGAUCGAUCGUCGUGCUCCGCAACAACUCUGGAGACGCGCGUGAGAGCCGCCUGCCAGAUCCUACCGCCACCGCCACCACCACCGCCAUCGCCACGACGGCUGAAGGUUCAUCGGACUCUGAAAGCCCAGGGACCAAGGAGGUCACAGGUCAAUCGACAUCUGAAAGCACAGACAAUGAUGUGGGGAGUCGGUUCGGAUUGAGUGGCUUGCGAGUGCCAACCCAGUUGAACCCCGAGCACCAUAUCGCGUUCGUGGAAAAUCAGCGAAAGAACAAAGGAGCUCUACGUAUUCCCAGUCCUCGCGAGUAUGAUCGCGGUGGUGUUCCGGAGGCGUUGGAAGAUGGAGACGGAGACGAGGCGGAGAAUGACCAAACAAAUGAGCCAGUGAAACCUCGAUCCCGUCGACCGAGCUCUGCUGCCUCAGAGGAUGACCAAGUCCCUCCUAUGGACGGGCCGCAUAUCACGAUCAACGAACCCGACUUCACUCGAACUCGUACACGCGGAAAUACAUUCGGCCGCCUAGAUACUCGCCCAACCAUGCGUGACACGAUAACUAAAGAAGUGACCGAUGCCAACGAGGACGCGGACGCUGAGCUCGGUCCGACCACCACAAAACACACUGUCCGAGGUAUUUGGCGUACUUUGACUCAUGAAAGAGAGCGCAAUACCCAGCCGUAUCUCAGUUGGAAUGCCACUGUGGCCCGAAACUCGAACUUCGUUGAUCUGACCGAGGAGCAACGGGACGAGCUGGGUGGUAUCGAGUACCGUGCGCUUAAGACUCUUGCAGUGGUGUUGAUUUCCUACUAUGUUGGUUUCCAUCUUCUCGGAUUGAUCAGUAUGAUUGGCUGGAUCAUGACUGAAAACUACUGGGGUGAUAUUGUCAGGUCAGAUGGUGUCGGACGUCCGUGGUGGGGCAUUUUCACUGCUGCCUCUGCUUUCAACGAUUUGGGCUUCACUCUUACACCUGACUCUAUGUACUCUUUCGAAACCGCCAUUUUCCCCUUGCUCCUUUUGGCGUUUCUGAUCAUCAUCGGAAACACGGGUUUCCCAUGUAUGUUGCGAUUGAUGAUCUGGAUAUUGUCAAAAUUCGCUCGUCAAGGGACUGCUCUCUGGGAAGAGCUCAAGUUCCUUCUUGACCACCCUCGUCGUUGUUUCACCCUUCUCUUUCCCCGCAAUGCCAGUUGGUGGCUUUUUGCCAUCCUCAUGGCUUUGAACUGUAUAGAUGUGAUAUUCUUUAUUAUUUUGGAUUUGAAUGAUCCCGCAGUCACACAAUUCCCGCCAGGAAUCAGAGUUCUUGAUGGCUUCUUCCAGUCUGCAGCUACUCGAACCGCUGGCUUCGGCAUUGUCAGCCUUUCGGACCUGCACCCUGCCAUUCAAGUCUCCUACCUAAUCAUGAUGUACAUUUCCGUUUUCCCAAUUGCCAUCUCCAUGCGUCGUACAAACGUGUACGAGGAGAAAAGUCUGGGUCUCUACGGUGGUGCUGAAGAAGAUCAAGACGAGGAAAACCAAACAGCCCCCAGUUACAUCGGUGCUCACUUGCGGCGUCAACUCAGUUUCGACUUGUGGUAUGUUUUCCUCGGACUGUUCAUCAUCGCCAUCGCCGAAGGCACCCGUCUCGAAGACACAAAUGACUAUAAUUUCCAACUCUUCACCGUUCUGUUCGAGGUUGUCUCCGCCUACGGUACUGUUGGUUUGUCGUUCGGAUACCCCGGCGUUGAUACCUCGUUCUCGGGCCAGUUCAAUGUUGUUUCUAAGCUGGUCAUCAUUGCCAUGCAGAUCCGUGGCCGUCACCGUGGUUUGCCUUACGCCCUCGACCGAGCUGUCCUGUUACCAUCCGAUGCCUUAAACCGCAACGAGGCCGAAGACUCUGAACGCCGCAUGCGCCGUCGUAGCGGAGAGUCCUUCAGUCGUCCUUCCCGCACUUACUCCCGUUCUCGCCCUGAUGCAGGCGUCGCUUCUGGUUUGGAGUCAUACGACUGGCAGACCAACACCGGCGAUGCCCUCACCCAUCGCUCGGCAACCAUGCGCUCCAACCGCUAG